CGGUCGCACGAAAAGAGCUCCCCCUUGAGAUUCACAUUCAGAUUCGGUUUCGGUUUGGUUUGGUUUUCGGAUCGAGCUCCAAGUUCCCAGUUCCCAGGAGCGGAAAUCGGAACAGUGCGGCGAAUUAAAUAAUAAAGUGGCAGCAGGCGAUCAAAGAAGGCGCUCCGGCUGCGUAGGUGUACUUGCUCGCAGAUCGCUAAACGCAAAACGUAGAAAGCGAAGUGGAGCCAGUGCAUCCGAAAGUGUUUCCCCGAAAGUGUUUCCAUUAUUAUUGCAAUCACCGAGGAUCGGAUCGGUUCGAAUGGGCAGCAUGCAAGUGGCGCUGCUGGCGCUGAUCGUUCUCGGCCAGCUAUCCUUCGGCGUCGUGGCCAAUGGUUCCUCCAUCUCCUCCUCCACAUCCUUCUCCAAUCAACUGCAGCGUCAGAAGUUGGCGCACUGGUUCCGGGACAGUAACGACGUCAAGGAUAAGAUUUUGGAGCUGCAGUGCUUGGCUAAGUGUGGCAGCAAUCCCUCGACGAAAGCUCAGCGGGAGCAGUGCCUGGACAAGUGCAUCCAUGAGCUGUUGUUGGGACCCAGAGCCGGCAGUUGUCCCAAAAUUGGAAGACAGUUGCGCGCUCGGCUUUCCUGCCUGGACAACUGCCAAUACGAUCACGAGUGCCCCGAGGUGCAGAAGUGUUGUCCCUCCAGCUGCGGACCCAUGUGCGUGGAACCUCUGGGCGUGAGGAACAACACGCAGCUGCCUCCUAUACCAAAGAUCCUGUACUAUAGGAGGUCACGGGGUCAUGGGGUCGAUCUGAAGAUCGAAUCCUCGCUUCUGGUCUACUACUUCCACGUGGAGGUCCGCUCGCACAUUGGACGACACUUUGCACCCAGGAAGUUUGGGCCCUGGCAGUGGCAGAAGGUGGAGAAGACCAUGGAGGAGAACAUCGGACACAGCAAGCACACUUAUAUCUUCUUUCAUAUGCGACCAGGGCGAUGGUACCAGGUGAGGGUGGCUGCCGUAAACGCUUACGGGUUCCGGGGAUAUUCAGAGCCCAGCGAUCCAUUUCCCUCAACGGGCAAUCCCAAGCCACCGAAGGCUCCCAACGAUUCAAAGAUCAUCGCUAAGCAGUUCGAUGGACACUACAUGAACGUGAAACUGGUGUGGUGUCCCUCCAAAUCCAAUUUACCCGUCGAGAAAUACAAGAUCAGUUGGUCCUUGUACGUAAACAGUGCGGAGGCCUCGAUGAUCACCCUGGACACCUAUGUAAAGGAUACCCACCAGCUCGAGAUCAAGAAAUUGCUGCCAAAUUCCUCGUACUACAUACAGGUGCAGGCCAUAUCCUACAUAGGAUCGCGUCGCCUCAAAUCUGAAAAAUUGUCGAUGCUGUUCAACACGACACUGCAGCCCCUGGAGCCAAUCACCCCACUCCAGUGCUCGGGGAACGGCAAUAGGCGCAGGCACCAUCACGUCAGCAGCUCCAGCAGCUCUGAAUGGGCCGCGACCCCGUCGCCAGAGGGCCCCAAUGAAGUUUCGCUCACUAUUUCGAACCGGACAACGGCCGCCACGUAUGAAGUGGGUUUCCGGCUGAACCGGAAGUUUGGCAUGAUUGUGCAGAUUCUGGGCUUUCAGCCACACAAGGAGAAAGUCUAUGAACUGUGUCCCCAGGAGACGAACUGCGAGCAGCGAGAGUUCCGCGCUAUUCGCGCCAAAAGGGAUCCGUUGGAGUUUAGCAAACUGAAGUACAACACCACCUACGUGCUGAAGGUUCCCCAAUCCAGCCCCAAUUCGGUGCUGGACGACUCUAGGAACGUCUUCACCUUCACCACGCCCAAGUGCGAAAACUUUCGCAAGAGAUUUCCCAAGCUGCAGAUCAAGUGCAGUGAUUAGCCUUCG